AUGGCACGCCCUCGUAUUGAUCUCGAGCCACACAAAGAAGAGAUACUUCAUCUGAUCACGCAAAAUACUUCACAUGCAGCCAUUCGUGCUAUUCUCAAGGAAAAACACGAUAUUUCGAUUAGUCGCAGCACCCUGAAGAGAUGCCUUGGUCACUGGAAACCGCCUAUACCCGCACGGCGUACUCUCACAACUAGGGCAGAGAUCCAAGAUCGAGUUGAAGAGCUUAUACCUCGGUAUGGCACACAAAAGAUUCUUGCAAUCCUCGCUGCAGAGGGCACACCUUCUUCGGCCAUUACCCUACAAAGAAUUCGAAAUGAUCUUGGUAUUAGGCUUAGGCUCACCCCUGAACAGCGUCGACAACAAUCGGACGAUGUUGAAGCUUGUGAUACUGCUAUUGAUGAAGUCAAAGAUUAG